AUAUAUAUAUAUAUAUAGAUAGAUAGAUAGAUAGAUAGAUAGAUAGAUAGAUAGAUAGAUAGAUAGAUAGAUAGGCUGACUUGUGCAGUAUCGUGAAAUCGUAUCGGAAGACAUGUACUGCAAAUCAUAUCAUAUAGUGAGGUACCCUGAAUCUCCGGCCCUAGUGCUAGAGACAUUUUGCGGUCAGCAAGAUGUCCAAAUGUCAGAAAAUAACACUCUAAAUCCUGCCGUCUGAAGCUGCUUUCUGCUGCGGCUGACUUCUGUGUGCUGAUACAGGCGCACCUGCCCCCCGAGUAUGACUUACAAAGCAUUCACUGAUACUAGAGACGGCUGCAAAUGAAUUGAUUAAACGAUUGUUUCACACCUUUAACAAACUGAGUCUCUUUGUGAAUCCUGAGUUAACUCACUCGGAGUAGCGAAACUAUUCUGUCAACGCUGAGUCUCUUGGCCUAGCAACAAAACGUCACCAUCAGUGAUGUUGCAUAGAAAAAUAGCUCAAACACCCCCUUAGCUGGAAGUUCUCCUCAAAUCUCACAAAGAAAAGAUGCUGGAAACUCAACAGAUUCAACUUUUAUCUGCUGCAUUAACAUGCUAAAGUUGUGGAUAGAAUAAAACACUCCUGGAGGAAACAGACUCUAACCGUCAGACUUGUUUAGUUCACUUGUUCUGUUACCAUGGCGAUAGCGAUUCACCACUUCAGUUCUCGGAACAAAGAAAAAAGUCAAGGUCAUCUUUAUCAAGAGUUUCCACACAAGCAGCUUUGUGGCAUGCAGCGUCAGACAUCUUUACUAUCAGCAGGUUCUGGCGUUUUACGGGAAAGCCAAAGUUCCCUACAUCAGAGCAUGACAUCACGAUGAGAUGAUUGGCUGCCUCUCUUUACCUGUCGGUGGUUUAAAUGUUGUGGCUGAUCCAUUUUUACGUUUCCAGCAGUCGUGAUCAGAUCUGACCUCAUGAAACAGAUCUGAAGAGUUGAUGGUAACAGUUUCUGUACUUUAUGAACACUACCUUUUAUUGCACACACACACACACACACACACACAGGAUUGCUGACUCACCUGACCUGUCAUUGAAAUGUAAUUGGAAGAUGAAUAUCAGACUGAACUUGAUGCUUCAGAGAAAUCGUCACUGGACCUGUUACACCUGUUAGAGAAGAACUGACUUUUAUUAGGUUUGAGAAUAGUCCAGAUGUUUACCAGAACUUGUCAGGAAUCAGGAAGAAACAUCCAGAUCUGCUGUGUCCCAGAAAUCUGAUUCAGAUAUUUGGUUAAAUAUGAGACAAACGUCACGGGUCUCCCUCUGGAUGCUUCUGUACGUUAGAGGGUUUGUUGGGUAAAGACUGGGAAACAUCUGUCAGAGUUAAUAAUGUCGAAUGAACGGUUAUGUUGUGGUUUAUUGUGGUUAAAAUCGCAAACAGCUCUAAUUUGUUUUAGAUUAUCAGCCUAGUAAGUAUGAUGUAUGAUUUUGUGUGUGUGUGUGUGUGUGUGUGUGUGUGUGUGUGUGUGUGUGUGUGUGUGUGUGUGUGUGUGUGUGUGUGUGUGUGUGUGUGAUGUCUGCUGGCCUGACAGGGUUCAGUUAUGAUGUUUUAGGGUGUAAUUUUGCACAUUAUUCUCCUCUGAUGACAUGUAUGAAGGAUGAAGUGACUGUAACAAAAUGAUGUAAAUAAAGAUCCGAUUUUGUAAAACAGCGUUGGUCUUUUACUUCUCUGCUGUAGUUGUGUGUCGCAGCCACCAGGUGGCACUGUUUGCUUGCAGUCCUCUGGAUGUCCUCACACAGAGUCAGGGCUACCGUAGACCUCUGGAACAUCUGGCUGUUUGCCUCGGCGGGUUGGUGACUGGCUGAUGACUCACUGGAGAGCAGCAUCAGCACCGAUGGAGAAACGAGAAGCAUCUUCCUUCCAGUAUGGCUCACUGGAGCACACCGCAUGGAGCAGCGGCGCAAAGAAGCCAGAAGAUGAUGUUGUGUCCAUGGCUGACUCCACCAUCACUGUGGACGACAUUGAGGGGGAGCUCUUCAAGAUUGAGAGGAUCAGGGACAUCCUGGUCAGGAGGGAAUCAGAGCUCAGAUACAUGAUGGACGACAUUCAGUUGUGUAAAGAGAUCACUCGUCUGAAGAAGGAGCUCCAGAAAUUAGUGUCCAUUCCAGAGAAUGACAAGUCCAACGAGGACCAGCAGAAAGAAGAAGAACUUCUGCAGCAGAUCCACAAACUGGUGGAGACUAGAGAUUUCCUGGUGGAUGAUGUUGAGUUUGAAAGACUCAGGGAGAAAGAAGAAGAUAAAGAAAUGGCAGAUUUUCUCAAGUCCAGAAUGCCAAGAAAUAUGAAGAAGACAGGUGUGUCAACAAAAAGAGGCCCAAUCAGAACUCAGCAGAACCCCUCCCCGUUUGCUAAAACUGGUCUGACCCUGCUGAAGGAGUGCUGUGGCUUCACGUGCUCCAUCAUGUAGGCAAGAGAAGAGCCCGACGAAGGGCCGACCCAGACUCAAAAACCAAAAUGAUCAUUCUACAGCAGCGUGCAUUUCCGGUUCCAACCAUUCCCUCUGAGACGGAUUCACUGGAGACGCAGCUCUGCAGCCUGCUGAAAACGCUGCGCAAAUGUAAAAUUCUGUUUAUUUUGUCUCUGCUUUUCACUCCAGCUAGGUCACUAUUUCUCUUUACGAGUAAAUGUUUGAAAGAGUCAUUAUGCACAUCACAGCUCGACCCUGAAUCACAUAUCUUGGGAUUUUUUUGGAGCCAUAAUAAUUGCCAUCCUUGUGUAGGCACAGCUGUUUUGCAGUGAACAUGCCAGUCUGUGCAUGGGUGGAACUUUAUAAUUAGCCCACUGAAGACAACGCUGACAUUAAUCAGGAAUCGUGUUAAUGCGAGGCUGAGUGGGAUUUGGCUCCAGAUCUAAAUUGGUUUGACCUUUUGAGAAGUUGUGAACUGAGGAAGAAACUCUGGUGUUUUAGUGUUUCAGGAUGGGACUCCUUUUCACUGGUUCCUGUACUUUUCUCUGAAUGGUGGCUCAAACACCCACAUGCAUUGCUCUUUAGGUAACAGUUGGUGUUUUGUUUCUAUUUUUGUUGUUAUCAGAACAGAUUAUCACCGUUCACAGAUGUAGUCGAAGUCAGCCCAUUGACCUUAAUUCUGCAUUAUUUGUUUGAAUAAACAGGAUGUUUCAACACUCGAACAGCUCUAGAAAAGCAUCAUCCCUCACUUAAAUGCCCACACAUGAAAGUGCUUUCUGCUUUUUGUCAAAGCUCUUUAGCUCAUUUCCAGUAAUUUCCAGCAUCUACAGAGCUAUAAAAAUGUUUUUACCUCCCACAGAUUCCUGGUGUUUUCGCUUCUGCAUCACAAAAAUGCUUAAAGGGCUCUUCAAGCCUGCCUCAGAGUCCUGUUCCAACCACACAUCAAUUUUGAAAAUGCAACAUAAGUAGGCGUUGCCUGGCGGACCGAGAGGGCGGAGCCGCAGCAGUGACGAAGAUGGAUGGGUAACGAGGAGAAGCUAGCUUUUUUCACUCUGAGCAGUCAUUAGAAGUGGAGGACGUUUCUCCCCCUCCUCACCCAGACAGUCGAGAAGAAAGGGACCAAGUCUAUUUGGAGGAGACAAGCGGACCUGAGCCUUAUUGUUUUGAGCUUGUGAGUUGACUGAAACCACCGGAGCCGACCCAACAGAUUAUUACAAAUACAGCAAUAAUAGCUGCAAACUUACUGAUAGGGAACGAUCUUUAGAAGCUGUUGAAAGUAAUUAUUUAGCUUACUCACCUCAGAUUGUGCCCAAAAUCUCCGUUUUAGGGAAGCGGCAGUCGGCGGGAUCCGGCUAAUUACUGGAACGGCUUGGACUAAUUUGUGAAACGCUCUUCAACCCAGCAUAACCCGGUUCAAACUCCAUCAAGUUGGUGAAAGAGUCAUAUGUAAAAAAUACUAAACUACAAAAUCUAACAGCCAAGCUACUAGUACUCAAUAAUCAUAAUUCUAGAAGCUUUUGCUGGGACCCUGACUCAAUGCUAAUGCUAACUACAGCUAAACUGCAGCAUAAACAGUCACUUGCGGCUAAUCCGAGCCCAUUGCUACGAGCCUGGCUGAGACGCGAUGCUUUUAUAGCCUACAGCCACAGAGGUCUGACUCCUUACAUCGGACUUGGUUACAUUUCUUGGGGAAGUUUCACCCAUUGGUCGAGACAGAUUUCAAACUGCUGUUGUAAAUUUGUGUAGAAUAAUUUUGAGCUGAAGAGGGCGCUGGACUGAAGGGUUUAGGCAGCAUUUUAAGUUUUUAAAGAAAAUGCACCAAAAUACAAAAAUAACAACUACACAUAUCUACAACACUAUAACACACUUAUUUAUACAAAUUAUCAGCAAAAAAAAAGUUGAUUUUGAUGUGACUUGCUCUUUAAAUGUGUCAAAUCAGCAAAUUUGAAUUUUAAGCUGAAAAGAGUUCAUAAACUCGGUACAAAGGGACGUCGUUGGCACUGAGGGUGUAGUUGCAUCUUUUAAAGAGAGAACCGAAUUAAUGGUACUAAAUAGUUUACAUUGAUCACCAAGAUGUGUUGUGAUUAAAUUACUAAAGAAGUUAUUUCUGGCUGUUCUCACCGCUUUCUGAUACAAAAAUAGAGAAUCUUUCAGAAUUUGUAAGGAAAUUUCUAAAUUGUCCUUUUUCCAUUUGCGUUCAUGAGAUCUACACCGGCGUCGAAGAGCUAUUAGCUAUUCACUAAGUCAGUGUUGGUGUUUCAUUUUGGUUUGGAUCUAUGUUUGAUAUGGAGGUGCAGAUGAAUGCAGCAGCUUUCUAUUUAGUUUGGCCACCAGAAAUUUUGAUAUUCGGCCUCAGCAUCUAUCAGGGAGUUCUCGUCUCUUCCUGCUACUGCCAUGGAGAUCCUCACUAAAAUUAGAUGAGUGCUAAUGAAAAUGAACUUAAUCAGAACCAAGAAACGUUCAUGGUGCAAGAUGCACAUAACAUUUAGAAAACUAGAAAAAGUUCUUCACUUAUAUUUUAAUAUACAGUGAUCCCUCGUUUAUCGCGGUAGAUCCGUUCCAGACCUGGCCGCGAUAGGUGAAAAUCCGCGAAGUAGGGACACCAUAUUUACAGUACAGUACUAUAUUGAAUUAUCGUAUGAUCACAUUCUCUUUUUGUGGGUAAAACUCAAGAAAUUUUUUUUACUUGUUUUUUUUUUAUAGUUUUAUUACAAAAAGUGCAUUUUAUGAUGAAAUUGAUGAAAGAAACAGGUAUUUGUUGAUAUUUUGCAUAGAAAAAUACCGCGAAUCUGUGAAAAAUACCGCAAAUCUGCGAAUUUCCCUUGAAUAAGGCUCCAAAGCAAAAAUCCGCGAAGUCAUGAAUCCGCGAUAAACGAACCGUGAAGUAGCGAGGGAUCACUGUAUUUGCAGUUGUCUAUAGUAGGAAUGAAUGCCUCUUAAGUUGAACUCUGGGGGAAAAAAAGCUCUGGUGCACCUGUUUCAGCACAGAGAAUUCAGCUUGAGGAGAAAGUAGCUUCAGACGGCAGGAUUUGGAUUCCCAUCUGGGCCAGCAUGGACUGGGCUGGGUGGUGUCCGUCAGGGUCCUGCACCGGUUUGUUCACACACACACUUCUCAGGAACGGGAAAUCUCCGAGCAUGCGGGCGGGACAAAAGACACGCAGAAAAGUCUUUGGUGUCCAUGGUGGUGUAUCCCUUAAAUGACGGCUGUGCAACUCAAGACAGAGCAGUGCUGUCUCUUUGUGUGUGUGUGUGUGUGUGUGUGUGCGUGCGUGCGUGCAUGCGUGCGUGCAUGUGUGUGUGUUCCUAAGCAAUGAGGAGAGACAGUGAGCUGCAGCAGCUUCAGUCAGAGGCGACGUUUACUUCUGAGUAUGCAGAAUGAUAACGAAUGGCGUACGCGCAAAGCUCCCGUUGGUUGAUUGUAUCCACCAAUCGGAAGCUUCCCCUAAUGGAAGGUGUGUAUUUGAGCUGGCCAGUCAGGUGGCAGUGGGUGUGUUGGACCAGUUUGGCGGCCUUGGUAUGCGGGCCGAACAACCAACUGGUUGAUCACUGAAAAAUACAAGGCCACCUAGAACACUUUAAAAGCCACCCAAUCCGGUCUGUGUUGGCUCCGGCUCCUGAUAUUUGGGCAUCUCUCCUCUGAUUGGCUAACAGCAAUGAGAUUCUACCACUGACUGUUUGCUCUGCAAUGUUGAAACCUGAAGGAGCUUCUGGUGGAGUAAGUUGCCAACGCUAACAGUUAGCUUCCACUAGCCUACACCUUCUCUGCUGUUUCCUGGACGCUAAACCAACAACAGCCUUCCCCGUUGUGAGUCAAAAUGGGUGAGUCCAUGAAUGUUGAGUGACAGUGUGAUGUAGAUCUGUCAGCCUUUUAAAAUCCUUAGUUUAAAGCUAAAGUCCCCUUAGUUGUCACACACUGAUGUGUGUGCAAAAUUUGUUCCCCACUCCCCUGGGGAAGCAGGGAGCUGCAGACACAGGAAGCAUUUGGUGGUUUAACCUCCCAAAUCCAACCCCUAAGUGCUGAGUGUCAAGCAGGGGGGCAUUGGGUCCCUGUUUUUUCAAAGUCUUUGGUAUGACCCGACUAGGAUUUGAACCCUCAUCACCCAGUCUGAGGGCGGACACUGAGCACCAUCUAUUUUCUAGAAAAGUAGAAAAUAGAGGAAGGUACUGCAGGAGACGGGUGUAGGAGACUAUUUUUAUGUUUAGCCUGCAUGACAAAGUCAAAGUGAGGGAUCAUUUUGAAAACUAUUAAGUAAAAAGGUUUCUCAGUGAAGGACCUCUUUAAAUGAUCCAUUCAGACAUUGAAGCACCUUUAGAUAGUUUAUUCUGGGCAAGCUGAAGCCUGUUUCUGACCAGAUGUAGUUGGACUUUGACCAAAUUAUUCACUCUCCAGUUUUUACAAGUCAAAGAUCAUCUCAUGAAGCAGAACUCAUUCUGAUUUACUGAAGGCUGAAGGGACUGAGGUGGUUGCUGAACAGAGGAACGAAGUGGGAGGGUAACAAGAUGUCUGCUGCCGGCGGCGGAGGGGCGGGCGGGGGCACUGGGUGAUCUGAACACAAUAUGAGUCAUUCUGUGGAAUCACUGAACUCCCCCGAGGAAACCCGCGGUUGAAAAGGUCAAGACUGUCAUUCAGAAGCCACCAUCAUGAGCACCUGCUGCACCCUCUCACACACACACACACACACGUUUGUUAGAGGGAUAAAUGAAGAGGGUGUGUUUGUAUUCAGUGUGAGAACACAUCUGUGACGAGAGGUACAGUAGCUGUCACUGCUUUGUUACUAUGGUUACCGUGACUUUGUGGUACUCUUUACAUUCGUGCGGGUAGCAGGCUGUGGUAGAUGCUGUUGUGAAGGCAGAGACUUAGAGGAUGUGUGAGUUUAAUGAUCAGAGUGUUUCCAACACAAAUGAUCUCAAAGCUGCAAAUAAAAGUAUUUCUGUUAACAGACGAGUCGCUGCUCAGCGGGCAGGAGCAGCCUGCUUUCUGAUCUGUUUACGUGUUUAAAAAUGUUAUUGUGACACAAUAAAUACGCAUUCGUUCUGA